AUAAUAAUAAUAAUAAUAAAUGUCCGACAGAGAAGAAGGAGGAGCAGGAGAGGGAUAAUAAAAAGUUGAAAAAACAACAACAACAGCGAAAGCAAAAUAUAUUUUUCUGGAUUUUGCGAAUUUCCGUCCGUCGUCAGUUCGUCCCCGCUCCCCCGAACUCCGACCAUCAAUGUCCCGGGAGUCGCCGUCGCACUGUCACCCUCGCGCCACUUCUACUACUGCUCAGAUGGCGAAGACGAAGAUGGCGGCGGCGGCGACCAAAAAUGGGACAGCAGUCUUGGGAGAAGGCGUCGUCUUCGGAGACGUUGGCGCCAUGACCGUGUUGCUCCCCAAGGAUAUUGAGCUUGUUGAGAAAUUCGACGACACCCUUUCAGCACUUCCUUCUCCCUCUCCUCCGCCUCCUUCGUCUCUUUCGCUUCCUCGUUUCGAGUCCCCCGUUCGGCUCCCCAACAUCGGCCUUGCAAUCCGAGAUAUCACGAAGACGAGAGGAGUUGGGGAGUUCCUUAGUGGUGCAUUAGCCGGGGCUAUGUCUAAAGCUGUACUUGCUCCUUUGGAGACCAUCAGAACAAGGAUGGUUGUCGGUGUUGGAUCUAAAAACAUUCCUGGAAGUUUCAUUGAAGUUGUUGAACAACAAGGCUGGCAAGGGCUGUGGGCUGGCAAUGCUAUCAAUAUGCUUCGUAUUGUCCCCACACAGGCAAUCGAGCUUGGUACAUUUGAGUGUGUCAAGCGGACAAUAACUUCAGCACAAGAGAAAAGUAAACAGUCUGAAUGUCCAAGAGUGAAAAUCGGUCCCAUCAGUUUGAACUUUUCUCUUAACUUCAUUCACCCUGUUGCUGCCGCUGGUGCUGUUGCUGGCAUUGCUGGCACUCUUGUAUGCCAUCCUCUUGAGGUUUUGAAGGAUCGACUGACUGUAAGCCCUGACUUAUACCCUAGCUUAACCGUAGCAAUUGGUAGAAUUUACAAGGAUGGAGGCAUUGGUGCCUUUUAUGCUGGCCUUAAACCUACACUGAUUGGCAUGCUUCCGUACAGUACAUGCUACUAUUUCAUGUACGAUACCGUGAAGAGAUCAUAUUGCAAGUCAAAGAAUAAAAAGUCGUUAAGUCGUCCAGAGAUGCUCGCCAUUGGAGCUCUUGCAGGGUUGACGGCUAGCACCAUCAGCUUUCCAUUGGAGGUCGCCAGGAAACGGCUGAUGGUGGGAGCUUUGAACGGUAAAUGCCCACCGCACAUGGCAGCAGCGCUCUCGGAAGUACUCCGGGAGGAGGGGCUAUUGGGACUAUACAGAGGCUGGGGUGCAAGUUGUUUGAAAGUCAUGCCCAACUCUGGCAUCACUUGGGUGUUUUACGAAGCUUGGAAAGAUAUACUCCUUGGCGAAAAGCGGGUUGCUUGACAUCCUACAGGUGAAGCUCCCCGCCUAAUUCUAUCCCCCUUCUGAAAUGUGGAAGGUGGUGGCGGCGGCUCAGCAUUUUGCAGUGCUGCCAUUUAUGUCAGAGAUCCAGAGUGAGAGUCUUCUGGGGCGUAUAAGAAGGCUCUGGGCAAUAAUUUGAUUCCUUGCCCAUUUUACAUCUUUCUGACCAUUGUAAUCUGUAGGCGAGGCAUUGAGGCUUCAAAAUUUUGGUGCCAAUCAUCUGUUUUCCUGUACCAUCCCCACACUGGUCUUUAUAUAAUCAGUCUACCAUCCCGAUUUUGCUCCCAGUUCGUACUCGUAUUUUUCAGUUGGUACAAAAGCUACCCGUCUGAAAAUGUCCAUAUUGAAUUUUAUGCACAUCUUAAAAU